AAAUGCCUCCCCGAGUCGCCGCUUCGUACCCACAGAUCUCUGUUCCGACGCAACCCAUUUCCUCAAUCCGUGUAUUUAAUACGCUGUUGUUGGUCGGCUCGCAUCCUAUGAUGCUCUUUCACCUUGUUGGGCAAACGAUCUCAUGCGGCACAAGGGUUUUACGGAGCACAAAUUGGGGCGGGGGGAAGGAUCUCGUUGCCCCGGAUGGGAGAUCCAUCGGCGUUACCGAAGGAGAGUGGUUAAUUACGAAGUCUUCGCAUGUGGCUUUUGUCGUUUUCUUGUUGGACUGAUGAAGCAUCUCGACUGGUUAAAUUCGAGCCUGAGUUCAGCAUUCCUGGUAUGCGGAACAACGGCUGUUGCCGUCAUUGACACUGUGGAUUCACCUUUCUGCGCCAUUUGGCAACGUCUUCCGCACUCUUGGGGUGAGGUGCGGAUGGUGUGUCGAGCGGUCGCAGCAGGAGGCUCCAGUGCGAGUUUUGAUCUAUCGUCAUCUUAAGCACUAUAAACCCCCUUAUUGGUGUGGCACUUUUGGCAAGUGUCAAUGCAAAAGAUAUAAAUCGACUCAGUUUGGUGUUGUUGAUCCCAAUAGGCGUUCUUGAUUGUGUGCAACUACAUCAAGGAUGGACUCCCAAAAAUCCGUGGAAGAUCAGUUCUCCAAGUUGCAUCCAUGCUUGGCACUGGAUACCAGAAUCGGGAUAGUCGGAGGUGGUCCAAGUGGAUUAUCAGCUGCUUAUGCACUAGCGAAGCUCGGUUAUAGAGACAUCACUGUCAUAGAGAAGCACAAUUCUGUGGGAGGCAUGUGCGAAUCGGUAGAAAUUGAAGGAAAGGUUUAUGAUUUGGGUGGUCAAGUUCUUGCCGCUAACAGCGCACCAGUCAUUUUUCACUUGGCAAAAGAAUCUGGGACUGAAUUAGAAGAAAUGGACUUCCACAAACAAGCUCUCAUUGACAGUUUUACUGGGGAGUAUCAUGAUAUAAACGUUGCAGAAGAUUAUAUGUCUCUAGUCUCGCUCACCUUAGAAAUCCAGGAUAAGGCAAAGGAUUCAAAUCGUAUAGGCAUCCAUGCGGUGAGUGACAUUGCAUCAGACUUAACCCCAGCAUAUCUGGAGGCUCAUGGACUCAAAAGCGUUCCCAAGUCUGUCCAAUAUGGAUACACCGCAUCCGGGUAUGGAUUUGUCCAAGACAUGCCUUAUGCUUAUAUUCAUGAGUUCACUCGCACUAGCAUGGCUGGAAAAAUUCGACGUAUGAAAGGUGGAUAUAUGAGCCUCUGGAAAAAAAUCAGCGAGUCUCUUCUGAUAAAGGUGUGCUGCAAUACUGAAGUACAAGCAGUCAGACGGAACGAUUUAGGUGUUAAUGUUGACAUCACCAAUUCUAGCGGAGAAACUGAGCAUAAGGAGUUUGAUAAGAUAAUCAUCUCAGGUGCAUUCCCCUUCAAAAAUUCGAGAACGUACAGAUCAACUCCGUUUUCUACAGAAGCUGAGAUCGGAUUGUUGGAUGUGAGCGACCUUGAAAGGGAUCUUUUCAGCAAAGUGCAAACAAUAGAUUAUUACACCACUGUCUUGAAGAUUAAGGGGCUUGAACGCAUCCCUGUCGGCUUUUAUUAUUUGGGUGAAUACAUGGACGACCCUUCCACAAUCGGACAUCCGGUUGCAAUGCAAAGAUUUUAUGCGAACACCAAUAUCUUCUUGUUCUGGUCGUAUGGCGACUCUGUGAAUAUUAGGGGAUCUAACGUCAUUGAUCUCGUGAUCGAAGUAGUUAAAAGAAUGGGUGGAGAAGUUGAGAAGGUCAUUCUGCAGAGGCAAUUCAAGUACUUUCCUCAUGUAGGCAGUGAAGCUAUGAAGGACGGAUUUUAUGAGAGACUAGAAUCCGAACUUCAGGGUCACCGAAACACAUAUUAUGUAGGAGGGCUUUUUGCUUUCGAGCUUACAGAAAGAAAUUCAUCUUAUGCCAUGGCUUUAAUCUGCAAGCACUUUGCCAGUGCAAAUUCCCUCCCAACAUUACCUUAUGUGAAGAGUCUGUUCACCUUGCAACUAGACCAAGAUGCAACCAGCCUUAAAACAUUGAGUGAAACAUGCGGAGUUGCUUUCCCUGACCUCCCCACGCUUGAUGGCUAUUUAAAGCACUGGGCUGCUCAAGAAAUUACUCAAAACAAGGUUCUCUAUACUUGGAUCAAAGAAGAAAGGGCAGUGGUGUGCCAGAGGACAUAUGGAGAGCUUGACUCCAAUGCUUCUUGCAUUGCUCAUAGCCUCUUGACGAGCCGGAGACCUACUAUCAAGCCAGGUGACAGGGUUUUACUCGUUCACGUUCCAGGUCUGGACUUUGUUGAUGCUUUUUUUGGUUGUUUAAGAGCCAAAGUCAUACCCAUUCCAGUACUUCCACCUGAUCCAUUGCAAAGAGGUGGACAGGCUCUUAUGAAAAUUGAGAACAUUGCCAAAUUGUGCAAUGCGGUGGCCAUUCUGUCAACUGUUGGCUAUCAUGCUGCAGUAAGAGCAGGGUCAGUAAAGAACUUGAUCUCUUUCACCGGAAAAAGUGCGAAAAGCACAGCUCAGUGGCCUAGUCUUCCAUGGCUGCACACAGAUUCUUGGAUCAAAAGCUCUAAGGUUUUGCCUGCUCCAAACAUUGGCUUUCAAUCAGGAUCUCAGCCAGAUGAUUUGUGCUUUUUGCAAUUUACAUCGGGUUCAACCGGUGAUGCUAAGGGUGUCAUGAUAACACACAGUGGACUCAUUCAUAAUGUCAAAUUGAUGCGAAGGAGAUAUCGAAGCACUUCAAAUACUGUGCUAGUAAGUUGGCUUCCUCAGUACCAUGACAUGGGUUUGAUUGGAGGUCUUUUUACAGCAAUGGUUUGUGGUGGGUCAGCAAUCCUUUUUUCUCCAUUGACGUUCAUCAGGAAUCCGCUCCUGUGGCUUCAAACGAUCAGCGAUUACAAGGCCACACACAGUGCGGGCCCCAAUUUUGCCUUUGAGCUAGUGAUUCGAAGACUGGAAGCAGACAAGGCGAAGGCGCACGAUUAUGACCUCUCUUCCGUGAUCUUUCUCAUGAUCGCUGCUGAACCAGUGAGGCAGAAGACGCUCAAAAGAUUUGUUGAGCUCACGAGUCCCUUUGGCCUUUCUCAGGAGGUGAUGGCUCCAGGCUAUGGCUUGGCAGAAAAUUGUGUCUUUGUCAGCUGUGCGUAUGGCAAAAAGAAGCCUGUCUUGGUAGAUUGGCAGGGAAGAAUUUGCUGUGGAUACGUGGAUCACGAUGAUGCAGAUGUUGACAUAAGAAUUGUUGAUGCAGAUACAGGUUUAGAGGCUGAUGAAGAUGGGAAGGAAGGAGAGAUAUGGAUUAGUAGUCCGAGCGCUGGAACUGGGUACUGGGGCAAGGAAAAACUUAGCCAGAAAACUUUCAGAAACAAACUUCAGAAGUACCCUGGAAGAAAGUACACAAGAACUGGAGACUUGGGACGGGUAAUCCAGGGUAACUUGUUCAUCACAGGGAGAAUCAAGGAUCUCAUAAUUGUAGCUGGAAGAAACAUUUAUUCAGCAGAUGUUGAGAAGACGGUUGAGAGCUCAUCUGAGCUUCUACGCCCUGGUUGCUGUGCCGUCAUUGGUGUUCCUGAAGAUGUCCUAUCAGCAAAAGGCAUCUCCCUUCCAGAUGCUUCUGACCAGGUUGGCUUGGUUGUAGUUGCAGAGUUAAGAGACGGUAAACCCGUCGACAAGGACAUCGUGAAGCAAAUUGAAUCCCGCGUGGUGGAAGAACAUGGGGUGACUGUCGCUUCUGUCAAGUUGAUCAGGCCUAGAACCAUGAGUAAAACAACCUCAGGGAAGAUCAAGAGGUUCGAAUGCCUCAAGCAGUUUGUUGAUGGAACUCUCAACACAGUACCAGAUCCAAUUGUGACAAAGAGAUCAUUGAUUAGAUCUUUCACCACUGCGACAUGUAGGGAGGGAAAUACUCCUCGACCUCACCUCGCUAAAGGCUCUCUACCACCAAGCCCAAAAUUAAGCAAUAGGGAUAUUGUGGAGUUUCUGAAGCAGCUAAUCAGUGAACAGACAGGAAUUGCAAUCAAAAACAUUUCAGCCACAGAAAGCCUUGUGUCCUAUGGCAUUGAUUCGAUAGGCGUGGUCAGAGCUGCUCAAAAGCUUUCGGAUUUUCUUGGAGUGCCAGUUGGAGCUGUAGAUAUAUUCACUGCAACCUGCAUAGCAGACUUGGCAAACUUUGCCGAGAAUCUGUUAAUGAAGUCUCAACCCCAUCUUCUCACCACCCAAUCCAACCAUCCGGAGCCAGAAAUCCUUACUGCUGACUUUUCCAUGGAAAUUUCCAGACUUCACCACUGGUGUAUCUGGUCCUUCCAACUUCUUGGUCUUCUCUAUGUCACAUUCAUUCUGGUUUUCCCUGCUUAUGUAUCAGUUUCCAUUUUUCAAAUUUUGGUUUCGGCCAGCCAAAAACUGAUUGAUGGACUUCCCUGGUUGCAUUAUACAAGUGUCGUGCUUCUUGCACCUCUUUCCUGGAUCCUCUGUAUUGCUUUGACCAGCGUAUCCAUUGCCUUUUUCGGUAAUUUAUUCCUGCGCAUAAAUUGCGCCCUGACUCCUGAAGUAUCUGUCUGGUCUCUGGAUUUUGUCAAGUGGUGGGCUCUUUACAAGGCUCAGGAGGUUUCCUCCAAAGUGCUCGCGGUGCAUCUCAGAGGAACGGUGUUCCUUAAACACUGGUUUGAGAUGCUUGGAGCAAGGAUUGGAUCAUCAGUUUUACUAGACACAGUUGACAUAACAGACCCUUCUCUGGUUUCAAUCGGAGAUGGAACUGUGAUUGCAGAAGGUGCUUUGCUUCAAAGUCACGAAGUGCAGAACAGCGUCUUGAGAUUCCAGCCAAUAAGGAUUGGCAGGAAUUGCUCAGUUGGCCCUUAUGCUGUUGUCCAGAAAGGAAGUGUUUUAGGAGAAGGAGCUGAAGUACCAGCCUUGCAAAAAAGUGAAGGUGCGAAGUCUGCCCUUAAGAUGGCUGGGGCAGAUAAGAUACUGAAAGUUUCCCCUGGAACUCUGAAGGAGACAAUACAACAGUUCAUGGGCAUCUACAUGGUUGGUUUCCUCAGCUCUUUGUCCGCUGCUGCUGUAUACUUGCUCUACAUGAGGCUAUCGCAGAAAGUUCCUUCCCUUGAACAGUUGGCAUUUCUUUGCAUUUCGGGCGCUUUACACUGGGUUCCGUUCACCAUCGUGGCAUAUGCCACCAUGUUUACAAACACUCCGCCUAAUCCAUUCCAGUUUGCCAUUGCUUUGGCAAUCGCCUACUUUGCUCACGGCCUGGUGCAAAAGUAG